AGGUAGCACUAGAGGCUUAGGUCCCCAUGUGACGAGAAAUUUCCCUAUCUGCUCUGCUAAAUAGUCUGUUGCCCCGAUUCUUCCCACCAGCAAGGCUGACCACUGAAGAUGGAAAUCGUCCACUCCCUAAGCUGUAGAUAUUCUGCUACCAACACAAAUUAGGGUGUUUAUUAUUAUUCCGUUUCCAUCAAUUUCACAACACCAACACCACAUUUUCCCAACCCAAGCCCCCUUUGAAAACCAUCCUUUACUGACUACAAGGUAAUAUAUUAUCAGGAAAUAAUAGAGGACAAGGCUUCAACAAGGGUGCCCAGCUGAAACAAAGAGGACUGGGUUCCUGUACUUUGAAUAGUGAAGUUCCCUUUUCUAUACAAUUAUUUCGAGUUUCGCAUAGGGUCGCCAAUAACUGGCCAGAAAGGGAGGGAAUCCCUCAGCAACUACAUGGACUUCAAAUUGACUUCAACUUUCCGGAGCAACGAGAUAGCUAAUUGUGCAGAUCAUGUUGUUGUUGUUGUUUAGUCGUUUAGUCAUGUCCGACUCUUCGUGACCCCAUGGACCAGAGCAUGCCAGGCACUCCUGUCUUCCACUGCUUCCCACAGUUUGGUCAAACUCAUGUUAGUAGCUUCAAGAACACUGUCCAACCAUCUCGUCCCCUGUCGUCCCCUUCUCCUUGUGCCCUCAGUCUUUCCCAGCAUCAGGGUCUUUUCCAGGGAGUCUUCUCUUCUCAUGAGGUGGCCAAAGUACUGGAGCCUCAGCUUCAGGAUCUGUCCUUCCAGUGAGCACUCAGGGCUGAUUUCCUUCAGAAUGGAUAGGUUUGAUCUUCUUGCAGUCCAUGGUAUCUGCAGAACAUACUGUUGUUAAAGGUUCAGAAAGCUGGUAACCGUAAGGCUUUGGCAGAAACGUUAUCCAAGGCCCCCAUCAUUUUUAAUAGUUGUGUAGAAGACAUUUCAGUAUAUGGUUGUUUUCUCAGUGCUGCAUGAGUGAGGGGAACAACUGCACUAGCUAAACUUCCCUAUUUGACUCCCUCCUUGCCUUAAGGAUAAAAUACAAAACCACUUUGUUAAGACUUUCAGUUGAAAGUACUGUUGACAUGAUCUGCUGCUGCUGACGACCUUAAAUGAUUCUGUUCUGGAGCCUUUCUUUUUACGUGAGAUUGUUUUAAUAGUAAGGUUCUAUUGUGUUUAUUGUGGCAAGCCACUUUAAGCACUAGAACAGGCAGGAUAGCAAUUAUGAUUAUACAAAAUUAUGAAGAAAUAUGGAAGCCUGGUCCUUUAUUACAUCUGAGUAAUGUAAUACUGAUUCUUUCAACAGUUGGGGCUGCUUUUUUUCAAAGUGUUGUAUUUUCAUUCCUAAGUGACAAUCUGUACCUGUGAGCACCCCCUCUUAUAUACAGCAAUUUCAAGAUACAGGAGUCUUACCCAUCUUUACAUCUGGCUACCCUUUGUACAUGCAUUAACACACACAUUUAGCAAAUCUAUAGCCAAAUGCUACCUCCGAUGUCCACAUCCAAACAACACACAAAUUCCAGCCUGCACCCUCUAGAUCCACCAGUAUUUUAGGACAGGGUGCAGAACCUGGACCCCAAAGCCACCCAUAGCUGUUGCCUUCAGGGAGAGUGGAGAUGGGGGGGGGGAGGGGGAUAAGCUGAAGGAGGAAGUGGGGGAAAGCUCUGCAAGUGAUCAGACCUCUAGCAAGAGCAAUCUGUCCCUCCCUGGACAGAUCACUGAGAGGGCUGAAAAAGGGGGAGAGAAAGAAAGAAAGAAAGAAAGAAAGAAAGAAAGAAAGAAAGAUGAGUAUUCUUGCUGCUGUUGUAGCAUACAUAAAAAAAGUUCUAUCCUCCCUUUGCACCAAUUGGCCGACCAUGCCCAGAAGAAAGGCCUCUGGUUUCUUCAGGAAGGUAUAUUUAAAUACCUUUUUCAAUUCAUUAUAUAUCAUUUCCCAGAAAGCCUUAAUCCUUGGGCAUGUCCACCAAAGGUGAAAGAAUGUACCCUCAUUCUCUUUACAUUUCCAACAUUUACUAUCUGGCAAAUGAUAGAUUUUUGCUAGCUUGACUGGGGUUAAGUACCACCUGUAAAUCAUUUUCAUUAUAUUUUCUCUUAAGGCAUUACAAGCCGUAAACUUCAUACCUGUGGUCCAUAACUGUUCCCAGUCAGCAAACAUAAUGUUAUGUCCAAAGUCUUGUGCCCAUUUAAUCAUAACAGAUUUAACCGUUUCAUCUUGUGUAUUACAUUUCAACAGCAAGUUAUACAUUCUUGAUAGAUUCUUAGUUUUAGGAUCUAACAAUUCUGUUUCCAAUUUUGAUUUUUCCUCCUGGAAGCCAAUCUUCUUAUCUAAAUUAUAAGCCUCCCUUAUUUGAUAAUAAUGAAGCCAGUCUCGAACUUUAGUUUUUAAUUUGUCAAAGCUCUGCAGCUUUAAUCUAUCUCCAUCUUGUUCUAAAAUUUCACAGUAUUUUGGCCAAUUUGUCUCCAUAUUGAUUUUUUUCAGAGCCUUAGCCUCCAUUGGUGCCUGCUGAGGAGUUUCGAUACUGAGGAAGGAAGCAGGACUUUCACAGUGGUUGCUCCAACAUACUGGUCAAGUUUACAGGAAGAAAUCCAGUUGUGUCCCUCCCUCUCUCUUGACAUGCGGGGGGGGGGGGGAGAGAAAUGCAAUGCACAUAUUUUUGGGGUAAUUUUUAGAUAUAGGCAUUCUAAUUCCCCCUCCCCCCAAGUCCUUGUUUUUGUUUUAGCUGUGAAAUUCCAUCUCACUUUUUAUCACUGUUGUUAACUGCCUCAAGUUUGAGAGAGGUGGCACACUUUUUAUUUAUUUAAACAAAGCAGUUCAUAGAGUGUCACUGCUGUGAGUUCAUAUGUUUAGGGUCUAUCUAUGCUAUACAGUUCUAUGGAGCUAGGAGGCUUCCGCUAUGGAAGUGGCAUCAAUUAGAGACCCUUAUUCAGUCCCGGGAGCCAGGCAUUGAGACAUUAUCAUCUGUGUGGUAACAGCUGGCUGGUCUUUUGUGGCCUUUCAGGUGGAUUAGUCCCCAUAGCAAUCAGAGGCCAGACAGGUAACUUGAUGUUCAGGGCGGGGGCGGGAGAAGCUGUGCUCAGGAUAUCAGCAGGUCUGUUUCCUUUCACACUGUGUACCAAGGGCAAGGGUGUGUGUGUGUGUGUGUGUGUGUGUGUCUCCCCAGUGUCCAAAUACAGAGAAACAUUAAGCUGAUGCUCUUCCUUUCAGAGGUCCCUUCAGAGCCUUCCUCUCAAAAGAUCCUUCUCCUAAAGACGUCUGGGGAGUGGGUAAGAGCAUGAGCUUUGAACUGGAUGCCCCUCAGAGCAAACAGCUCAGCUCAGUCAAGAACUCAGUGGGUGCCUUCAGUGAACUACUAUCCUCCUCAAGCUAUAUAAUAUGUGGCUAAUCAUAUUGGCCUACCUUACAGGGGCAUCAUUAAUGAUGUACUGUAUGUGUGCUUUGGGCUUUCUAGAAAAGCACUACACACAUAUUUUUAUUCUUUAUACUGUAACGCACCUACAAAAUUUGGAAGUAAAAUCUCUUGCAGCAAUUGACUGAACAGAGUGACAAAGGCAGUUUUCAUGCACUAUCAUGCAACUUCUUAUUGGAAACUGGACAAUAGUUGUUCAGUACCUCUGUAUCCAGGGAAUCCCUCUUGGGAAGGGGAUGGACCAUUGCCUCCUUAUGGACCAGUGGCACCUUCUCCCUCAUGCGACAAGGCAUUCAUAACUCAGUGGACUCACCCAGCAACACCCUUUUAUCUGCCUUUUGUAAGCCAUGAUGGGCAAGGGUUAAAAGGACACUUAGUCAACCUCCUUCAAGCAGCUUGUCUGCAUUCUCAGACUGCAAGAAUUGAACUUGAUCCAAGGUAACCUGACCAGAUGAUGCUGGUCAUGAACAUUCCAUCAACUCAAGGAACAAACCAAUCAGCUAAACAGUAUCUUCACUCCAGGGAGGGAAGAGGGUAUCAGUUUGGCUGGGUACAAGGAGAACUGGGUGUGAAGCAGACUGAAGCCGACCAGAAAGCUGAGAAGCAAGGUCUUCCCAAGAAAUCUGGCCCUCCCUUAACAUCAUGUUCCUUCCAAAUACUGGUGUUGCACACAUGUCCAUAUGUUGCUGUGAUAGUGCCCUUUUAUUUAUUUAUUUUUCACAUUGGAUUUCCUCGCCACCCUUUAUACAGCCAAAGUUAGUGUUAUGACUUGAAGGGUUAUAUGGUUCGCAUCUUGGAAGAACAUCUAACAUUAAGGGGUUCAGGAUGGAAAAGCUUGUGAGAUGACGGCAGGAAAGGUGUGGAUAGGCAGAGGUAUUUUGGAAACUAGAUGUAAGGUUGUCCCUUUGUAUGGUGUGGCUUAUGUCCCUUUAAUAGCUGCAAUAUGAUGGAAAAGCUCCUAAAGAUGCAAAGACCUGCCUAGAUCUGGAAAUCUAAAGGGAGUAGUGAGGUCCAAAGGGGCAUUAUAGAGGUAACAGACUGAAGAUGGGGACUCUCCACAAGAGGUCCCGGAGCUCGCUGCCCUCUUGGGAUUUUCAGAUCAGGCAACCCGUGAGGAUGAUGAAGCAAUGAGUGAUCAGAAACUUGCAAGUGAGUGCAUGAGAAAGAGGCGACUGGUCAUUCCUAAGCUUAAGGUUCAAGAACAUUUGUGCUGGAGUGAAGGAGUGUCAGAAAAAACAGAGUGCCCUGUCCAGAAUGCUGCCAGUACUGCCUGUUGGUCCACAGUACCCAAAGUGAUAAAUAACAGGUGGUGUACUUGUAUUUGGAAUGGAUUCAGUGGCCUGGACAUCUCUUAGCUCUUACUGAAGGAGAUGCUUUUCCUGCCACCUUAGCACCUGGCUGUAUUAGGGUAAAUGACAGGCUGCCUGCCCUAUUUGCAUUUCCUUCCUAAGGCGGCAGGAUGAUUUGUUAGUGAAAUCAGAUGGCAGAAGCAGGGAGAGAAGCGUGAGUUGGGGGAAGAGGGAGAAGAGAGGCAGUGGGAGCUAUUCCUGAUCUAAUCAGCCAGACCUGGUAAAUAAACCCAGCUGUAUCUGUACCUGCAGCAGGAAAUGGUCCUCGGAGCAAACAGUGCACCAGGCAACGGGUGGCAAGAUAAACAGGGGUUGGUGCUGCUUCCAUCUGCUCCAGGGAGGGAGGGGGAAAAUGUGGCUGCAGCAAAACUGUCUCCCUAGUACUGGACAGUCACACACGUGUGGGGACCAGGAAUCCACACUGAGGGAUCUGCUGCAGUCUGUUAAAUCUAUGCAAUUGCUCACCUGCCUUCCUAUUAUUCCACCUAGAGGGGCUGAAAAUAAGGGAAGGUGAUGUGGUGCCCCACGCUUUGGAAAUCUGCAGAAGAACCAGCAGACUCGGCUUGACACUAUUUACUCAAUCAUACACUUAACAAGUGGUAGGAUUUAUUAUUGCCUUGGUUCCUUAUUCAACAUUUACCUAAUUUGUGGAUGUAAUUGUGUGGCUGGUUUGGGGGUUGGUCCCAUGAUGUGAAAGUAAGUGAUUUCAUUGGUUCAGUCACUUUUAAUGAAGUCAAAUAGAAGGUUUGGUUACUCAGCGAUUUACCGUAGCUCAACAAACUAAUUAUACUCUGGUCUGUUAUAACAAACGAAUCAAAGAUAAUGAUGCCAAGUUCUUUGUAGGUACUCUAGAGGUGUAUUAACUGAAAUGAUUGCUCACAUUUAAUUCACCAACUAGAUCAGCCAAGCUUUCUAGAUACAAACCACAGACAUUCUUUCCACCAAUACCAGUAGGGUAACUGGAUGCAACGUUGUUCUUUCAACAGAAGCAUAGAAUAACUUGUUUCGGGAGGUGCAAUUUUUCUUAUCCUUACAUGGCAAGCUACUUGGCCUUGGCCUGGGUGCGAAGGACUCAGGAAAUGACAACUGAACUCUACAGAAUAGAUACACUUUUGCUUUGGAAGUUUCAAGGCCGGUCACUGGGGUGGGGUGGGGCCAUUUGGAGUAAUUAAACCAUUGCUUCCUGUGGCAUUUGGGCAUCCCAAGCCAGUAAAGGACAUGGAGGGAAGAAAUAGGGAAACCACUUGCAAGUAGACCAGCCAAUCAAUAUUGAGGUCCAAAUUAUCCUGAAAACCUUGCAAGGAAGAGAUAUUUACUGACCAUACCUGCUGGGUACAACAAAAGACAUGAUCUGUUUUAGUGCUGCAUAGAAUGGACCUGACAGAUCAAAUUAACUUACGCAGCAGAAGAAGAAGGCCUUGAGCUAACAAUAGGAGGCAGCAACUUCAACACAGGAAACAAAAUACCCCCCUUCUUCUCUUGCUUGUAGUAUGGCUAGCAGAUUAGUUAGGAACCCCUAGAGACAGCACCAGUUGUUGAGGAUAGAACAGCUGGCAGAAGGGCAUGAGAUGCAAUUGUUCCAAAGCAUUAAGGAGUUGAAUCACCUUUGGAUGCCGGGGGGGGGGCAUAUUGCUGCCUUCUCUUUUCCCUUGAUGCAAAGUUAAACAGGACAACUGUUGAGACUCAUCCCCACUUUCCUUAUGGAGGCAGUUGUGGUCUUCUCGUCUAAUCCUUCAUCUUCCUAGCGUGGAGGAGGUUCAACUCACCCAAGCCAUUCCUAACACAUUGAUGAUCCAUAAACAACUUAGGGGUCAAAGUAAAUUAUAGAAUGACUAUGAAAGUAUAAAAAUGGUGGGGCCACAAAACACAUCACCUCAGAAUGCAUGGCUUCAAUCUGACAUUUGUAACUAUUUAUUUAUUAAAUUUGUAUACAGCCAGCGACCGUUUUAGGCUCAUCUCAUAUGUGUGCGACUGCAAACGCAUGCACUGUGCCAAACCUGGAAGCGACCUGAAAACAUCACAAAAACGUCACAAAAGGAGGCAGAAUGGGGCAGGGUUGGAAUGAGGUGUUUACGGGCUUUCAGUGAGUGUUCUGAUUAUACACAAGUAUGCAAACACGGGUAUAAUCGGAAUACUGCCCUUCAUCUGAAGAUCUCAGGACGGUUCACAGCAUAAAAAUACAAGAUAAAAACACAAAAUACAUAGAGCCAUAGAAUUGUAGAUUUGGAAAAGGUCCCAAGGGUCAGCUAGUCCAACCCAUAUUUUGGAGGAGACGAACGCAUAAUGGCACACAAACCCUGCCACAAAAAAGAGGGGAGUGAAGAUCUACAUCAGGAAAAAAAGGGGAAAUAAAGAUUAACAAUGAUCAUAACGGAGUUGGAGAUGGUUCAAGAGAGAUCUGCUGUGUAGGCAGCAUGGGGGAGGGGCUGCCAAGGAGGUUGCAUAUCUGUCUUCCAAGGAGCAUGUUGCAGCUGCCGCUGGCACCGUUGCCGUACUGGUGAGUGAAGCAUUCCUUGGAGGCCAGAUUUGCAGUCCAUAUGGAUCCUUCCAGGUGAGGCGGUUGCCUCAUCUGCCUCAUUUGCCUGGAUCUCAGAAAUGCUGAAGUCACAUGGGUCACCUUACACAUCUAAGAGGUACUAAGUUGCCUUCAGCUUCCUCAGAGAAGCAACUUCACUGAGGUUUGCCAUGUAUUUAUUUUACAUAUGCACCCCACUCAUCUUUAUAAAUGUGAAGUGCCUAAUUUAAUAUGUAAGAAUAUUUAAGAGGAAUCAGUUAAUUAGCCGGUUAAAAGCCAAAAUGUAACCGAAGGGGGAAAAUACUGGCUAGCGUGAUAACUGUGAGCCCAAGAUCACAGCUUCUCUAUGACCCCAUCAAACUACACACACAUCAUAACUAGUCAUUUAUGAAAGCACCUAAUAUGCACAAAGCUCUGUACAAAUAUAGAACAAUAGAACCCACAGAGUCACAAUCUUCAGAAGACCUGAGAGAAGGAGAGGGGAGUUGGAAGGGUGAAAAACAGAUCAAUAAUACAUCUAAACCAUGGGUAGGCAAACUAAGGCCUGGGGGCCAGAUCCUGCCCUAUCACCUUCUAAAUCUGGCCCGCGGAAUUUGUUCAUCCCCCCCCAAAAAAAUAUAGUCCGGCCCCCCCACAAGGUCUGAGGGACAGUGGACUGGCCCCCUGCAGAAAAAGUUUGCUGACCCCUGAUCUAAACCUACCAAUACAGAACUGUAAUAAUGUAUAGAACAGGCUUCCUCAACCUUGGCCCUCCAGAUGUUUUUGGCCUACAACUCCCAUGAUCCCUAGCUAGCAGGAGCAGUGGUCAGGGAUGAUGGGAAUUGUAGUCUCAAAACAUCUGGAGGGCCGAGGUUGUGGAAGCCUGGUAUAGAACAUCAGGAGGGAAAAGCAAAUGGGAAAUAGUUUUGAUUCAUUUCAGUUAGUGAGUUGUUAUCCAUUGUCUUUCUCUUUUGCAGUUCCCUGAACAAUCCCUGCCCUUCUGCACCCCCUUGUGGGCCAGGGUGGGAUUCUCAACAACCACAACAGAGUGCUGGAUUUUCGUGGAAGGAUUUCUACAAGAAUAGAAUGGGCUGGGAGGCCACUGAAGCAGGUGUGGCUCCCACAGAGGUUACUCUGAAAUACAAAUGGACAGCCCUUCAUUGUUGUGCAAGGCAAGUACUGUAUCAUCACUGUGGCUGGAACGCAACCCCACAAGGCUGUGCACACAUUAUGGCUCCAUGUAUACUAUACUUUUAAAGCACAAUCUUUUCCUCAAAGAAUUCUGGGAACUGUAGUUUGCUAAGGGUGAUUGAAAAUUGUAACUGUGCGCUACAGUUCCCAGAAUUCUUAAAGGGAAAUAACAUGCUUUUGUGGCAUUUACCUAUUAGUUGUUGACAUAUGCCGCCAGGUUACUUUAGAUGUGGAUUCUUGCUUAUUAUCUACUUCUUUGGAGUAGACAUUCCCUACAGCUGUUACCCCAUCUAGGUACAACAGGGGCUGGGGGGACCUGUAACCCACCAGCUGUUGGAUUGCAGCUCCCAUCAGCCACAGCCGGCACACCCAAUGGUCAGAGAGGAUGUGAACUGUAAUCCACCAACACCUGGAAGACCGCAGGUUCCUCACCCUUGUGGUAUAGCAAUCAGGGUAAAAUGUAAAGGGUGCCAAAGCAGAAAUGUGCAUUCUUAUUGCUUUGGUGUGGCAGGCCCACACCAUACAUUUACAGCAUAUCCAACACACAUUUAAAACACAUGAUCCCCCCCCAAAGGAACUUGGGAACUGUAGUUUGUUCAGGGUGCUGCCCAUUGUAGCUCUGAGAAGGAAACUACAGUCAAGAGGGGGAAUCUGAGUCACAAAACCUGGAGCUAACUUGAGGGCUUUUGAAUCACCCCAGAUGUGUAGGCUCAGUAAGGUUUCACACUCUGAGGGGCACGAUGCCAGGGACAGGAAAGUAUGAGGCACUUGGGGCAGAGGGAGGCAUUUCUCUAGAGUGCCAUCCCUGAUGGCGCCAGGGGUAGCUUCUCUGUCCUGUGUAAUGGCUGUCAGCCUUUCCUGUGCAAUGUCCUGGGAAAGGGCCGUGUUCUUAAUCCUCCGGCUGAGCAGAGGCAUUGUUUGGCGGGUGAAAGAAAAAUGGCACGUCAGGGCCUUUGUCUUUUGUGUCCCUCCGCUGCUAAGCAAACAUGCCCAGUGCUUCCCAUUGUUAGCCUCAGGAGAGAGGAGAGGCAUCUCGCCAUGAUGGGUAAGAGGAAUGGACAGCCCGGGCUGGGGCUGGGCUGCUUCACCUCCCACAGCUGCCACUGCUGACUCAGCACAACCUAUUGGUGCUCAGUCAUUGGACACUUGGCCAAGCCAGGCUAUAUAAUGCUGCUGGGGUCCCCCAGCCCAGCACCACCACUCUUGCCUCCGUGCACUGCCAGCCAAGUAAGUACCAGCCCCCUGCCCUCCCCAAACAGCCCCAGUGGCCCACCCCCUGUGUCCUUAUGUGUGGUAUCCUGGUAGGGAUGGAAGGACCUAUCAGUUUUGGUUCUCUCGGUUUCUCCUGUCUUAAAUUUGAUUCCCCAUAUUUCUGGAGCAAUCUUGUACUUUAUUUCCCUAAAUUCUCAUAAAAAUUCAUUUGGAUUUAGCGCAUAUUUCUCCUAAUAAACAUACUUUUGGAUGCAGUUUUAAGUAAUGUACACAUUUUUGCUAGCAAUUCCCCCUAAUAUAAUGCAUUUUUAUGUUAUCUUCCCAUAACAUAUUCGUUUCUAUGCACACUUUCCCCAAAUACAUGCAUUUUUGUAAACACUGCUUUGAGAAUUGCAUUGCAAAAUUGGGAGAAGUACAAAAUUGAAGGAUAACUGCUUUGGAAAAUGUGAAUUUAAAUGUGAAUGGAACUGAGUGUCUCCCCCUUCCCUAUAUACUUUCCUUCCCUUGGAGAAUCACUGGGGAAAGAUUUCUCUGCAAGGACUUCAACUCAUAAUUUCUGGGUCAACCGACAAAGGGGAUGAAUUGGGCAGGAAAGAUUCGGCACAUUCCUCCAGGGUAUGGUUCUGUACUGGUUUCGCUUGCUUUCAUGAGUUACUUGGAGAUGUUUGUUCUAUCGGCACCUUUCCUGAUGCACCUGCUCUUUGCUGGCAGCAAGCUGUGGUCUGGAUUGUAUUAGUUGAUGGGUGUUGUUGUUGAAUGACUGGUCCUGCCUUUAGAUAGAGGGCUAUGUUGAAUGGCAUUUCAGACCCAUCUACCUCUAGAAUUCUGUAUGACCCACAACUGCAACAGGGCUGUCCUUUUUUCUUUUGUUCUUUUAAAAGUAACAAUUAGAAUGCAUUGGCAGGAAAGUCAAACCCAGCACUGAAGGGUGUGCGUAUAAGUAAGUGUGCACUAUAAGGUAAGAUGGAAGGGGCCAGCAGAAAUCUAGUGGCACAAUUCUGGCACCAGGCUGUGUGUAAUGAAAAUGUAAAGGAAGCUUUCCAAAAACUUUUCUUCCAUUGAGGGGAGGAGGCUUGUCACUUGGAUUCUGGAUUUCCCUUCAGCUCCAGACAACAUACCUCAUAAACAGACAGGAAUACAGCUGGAUCAUGGGAACUGACAGUCCUAUGAGAACUUGCAGAUGUUGACUGAACUAUAGGUUAAAGGAAGGUAUGAGAUUUGGCUCCGUUUAAGAAAAAAGAAAAGACCCAAUAUAUUUGGCUCCCGAGUCAGAAAGUACAGAGUGAGUCUUUGAAAAGAGGCCCCGUGGAACAUGUGUACUCUGUAUCCACAGGGCCUCUUUUAAAGGACUAUAAUAUAAAAUGAAAUAAGGUCCCUUUAAUAGGACCUUCAAACCUGCUCCCUGGGGUGAGCUGCAUCGCCCUGUCUAAUGGUAGAGCCGGGUGUGUAGGCACCCAUUUUCCACUGACUCACUCCACCAUCUGCAUGAAUCCAGCCUCUGGUCAGCAAGGACAGGGGGGUGCUCCAUUGUACAAACUAACCAGGGAUAGGUGCUAGUAAAAUGAGAUGACAAAUUGGGGAGGAAUAGAUGAAAAGGAGCAUCAUGGACUCUCUUGGCCUGUACAAUUCAUCACUUAGCCAGAUAAUCCUCCUCAGAGUCUGCUUACUUUUUCUAGCAUUUCAGAUGCUACUGUCUGUCUCUUCUCCAUGACCCAUUCAUUUAACUGUAUGGCAUGGUGCUUGCUGAUGCUACUCCAUGAUAGCUGCUAACAGGGUGUACUUUGGAUUUUCUGUGGGUGGUGCAGGGGGACAGGGCUGACCCCACCCUGCUGCUGCCAUCACCACCAGAAACAAGCAUUUAAAACCCACAAACAUUGCAUUUCUAUAGCAGAAGAGCUGCCCAUGACCAGCCAGCACAUGGAGACCCUGGGUCAAUUCAAGAUAACCGUCUGGGAGGAAGAAAACUUCCAGGGGAAGCGCUGUGAGUUUCUGAUGGAGUGUCCCAGCAUCAUGGAACGGGGCUUCCGCAAGAUCCGCUCCAUCAAGGUGGAAAGUGGCCCGUAAGUGCUUCGGUGUCCAUUGAGCAAUAUUUGCAAAGCUGGCUUGAAAAGAGCAGCAUGCUUGGAGAAUCCACAGAUAUAGAUGGCUGAUGGGUAGAAGAGGAGAGAGAGAGAAAGAGAAAGAGAAAGAGAGAGAGAGAGAACUCCAUUGGGGGCUUCUGCCAGUCUUUCACCCCAUAAUGUUUCACAGGAAGUUAUUGGAUGGUUUGAGCAAUAUUUGAUUUUGAUUUUUAAAUUUUAUUGUGAGUUUUAAAUUUGAAGCUACCAUCAUUUGCGUUCUUUCUCUUCUCAUCUUUACAGCUGGGUGGGGUUUGAGUACCCUGAAUACCAAGGACAGCAAUUCAUCUUGGAGAAAGGAGACUACCCUCGGUGGGAGGCCUGGAGUGGGAACAGUGGCUACAGGACCGAACACCUGCUCUCCUUCCGGACUAUCAAGUGUGCUGUGAGUGCAAUAAUAUACUCUCUUGGCUCUAAAAAAACACCUGAAAGGGACCCAAUCCCCAAUGGAGAAGGGUGCCUCCCGGUCUUGUUCCAGAGAGCACAGAGUAAAAGGAAACACAAAACUAUCUGGUGGGGCAAAGGGAUCCCCAAAUGGUGGUGGAAAACAACAACAACAACAACAACAACACUAUAUUUCAUUGAUCAAGCACCAUCUCUUUGAAAGGCACUCUUCUAACCAAAGCUACUUCCAGAACAUACCAAUUUCAUUUGCUGCCUGUAAUAAAUUAAGUGGAAGCAUGACAGAAGAGUCUUCAAGGACAAAGGUGGUUUCAGUGAAAUUGCCAUGGGGAGUGACAUUAACAAAGCUGAAAUGAAAUUAACAGGCUGUCUGACAAGCUGAUAUCCCACAGAUGCACAACAGGUGAAGGUGAUUGUUUUUAUGAGACAAAUGAAGUGCUGUUAAUCCAGUAGCAAUCAAGUUUUUGAGUUAUACAGAGUUCUUCAUCAGAACUCUUUUGUUGCGGAUUUCUGUAUACCUCCUAUCAGUCAACUAAAACCAUGGCACUCUUCCUGUUUUCCACCUUUUUAUUUUCAGGGGCUCAGGGCAAAUGUAAAAUUAUGCUCAGUGUUAAAUGAGGGCGAUAACUGCAGUCAGAAGGAACAAGGGGGAAAGGGGUUUGGAGAAGCUGCGGAGAUCUCAUCUCCUGUAUCAUUGGGGAGCCUUAAAGGUAAAAGCCCAUUCUCCAGAUGGUGACUCAAUAACAGGGGAGGGGAGGGACACAUAUAAACAGUUAACAAUAUACUCGAGAGGACAGGGCCAAACACGGUUGCAAUCCUGCUUAUCUUCAUGACCUUUCACAAAUGAGGGUGGCUAUGGGGAAGAAAUAGCUUUUAUCUCAGACAGGAUUGCUAGGUCCAGAUGUCGAGAGGGCGCUGGCAUCUUUUACAGUGGCUCCCAUUUUGGUUUGCGCCAUCUUAGUCCUGCAGUGAUGAGACAAUACUUCCCUUCUGUUCAAAGCUUCAUCAGGGUCUGGGGUCCCACAACCCUAAUCUGAACCAAUGAAAGGCUCAGAUUAGGGUUGCCACCUUCAAAUUUAGAGAAAAAAAUCACUGCUGUAGAACAAUUCCCUCCAAGUCCUUCUCCUUGCUUUCACUAAAAUGAGUGAAAUCGAGGAGAAUGAAGAAUUUAGAUCGCUCUCUGCAGAAGUGCUGUGCAUUGGGGCUUUUAUGGCAGCAUCUCUGGGUCAGAAGGCUGAGUCCCUUGGCUAGAUCAAUAAGAGGCCCAUGCUGUUUGACAAACAAUACACACCCUGCAAGCCAAGGCGGUAAAUAACUCUAAAAUGAACCACAUGCUUUGGACUCCUUUUUUGUCUAAAAGUGUCCCAAUCCAUAAGCAGAGUGGACUGAACUAAGGCAAGCCCAUGGGGGGAACCAGGUGUUCAUUCACUGUAUGGUGCUGGGGCAGGAAGGGGAGACACACAGCUCAGUUUGGCACAUGGCUUUGGGGCCAAACAGCUGCCUCAAUGGCAGAAGCAAACUAAAUAAAUGAAUGUGGAGUGGCAUAUAUUAAAAAGCUUCCAUAGACAAAUGAAUAAGUUGGGAGGGGUGCUUUUUUUUUAGCAUUAAAGUCAGAAAGCUGGUCAAGGGUGGGAAAGGUUGGCAUUGAAAAGGAAAGGUUUUUUUGUUUUUGUUUUUCGCAAGUGUCAGCCAGGCUUCCUAGGACAAAUAUAUAGUACCAGCUCCAAACAGGCUAUAGCCAGUAUGGCAUAUCACUCCAUCUUGAAGAGCGGUUGCUUCUGUUCCUAACCGGGGUUUAAAAUCUCUGCACGUCCUCAUCUCUGGGCUUUAAUAACAACCAGUCAGAUUAUGUCCGCGCUUUAAUAAAGGGGUGUGAGAUAUCAUCUCCUUUCUGGCUGGCAGGAUCACUUGGCGGAGUGCAGCCUGCAGGAAUGGGUGAUAGGGGAGGGGGGAGGGGGGAUGCAGCUGUGCCCAGUUUCAGUUUUAACCCCUUGAGUCCACAGCAGGAUAGUGAGAGACUAUGCAUCCUGACCACUUGGAAAGCAGGGAGGGUUUUCGUUGCAUAACAGAUAGAAUCCCAAGCCUUUCUUUUCUGCUAGCUGGGGACUAUGUUAACAGACAGACCCAUAAAGAUGCUUGACAGUCAUUCACCAAGAGCUGCUUGGCAGCAGCACAUACAGUGCCCAAGGAUGCCCAAGUGAGAGGCAAAGGAAAGCUGUGCAAUAGGAAUGGUAAGCCAGAGUCUAGGCUGAAGGAGCACAGACAUCUAAGGCAGGGAUGGGGGACCCGAGGUCCUCCAGGUGUUACUGGUCUCUUAACUUCCAUCAUCCCUGACCACUGGCUAUGCAGGCUGGGAAUUAUAGGAGUUGGAGUUCAACAAUGUCUGGAGGAUCACAGGGGCCUGACUUCUGAUCUAGGGAAACCAGAGGCAAUGAAUGAUAAAACUCCUUUGCAUGCUCUCUCUCUCGCUCUCUCGCUCUCUCUCUCUCUGUGUGUGUGUGUGUGUGUGUCUGUGUGUCUGUGUGCACAUGCAGUAUCACCACUGUGCACAGAGUUUUACAGCGUGUCAAGCAAAAUACAGAUUCCAGCUCCUGAGAAGUUUACAGUAUAUGUCUACAGUUCAUUUAGGCUUUGUAGGGAAUGGGGACUAAGAGGGGUUGUGCCAAAAGCCUUAUAGGAAAAGGGGGGAUUUUCAAAAGGUUUUUGAAGGGAGGUGGGCCACGCAGAUGUCCAGUCAUAAGGGGAAGCAAAUAUAAACAUUGUGGCAUCACCCAGAGGAUGACGAGACCUCACAUGGUUGAAGGGACUGGCAUUAGAGGGGGUAGGGAAGAAGGGAGCAAGUCCAUAAUACAGAUCAGGGAAUUUUGGCAGGUGCUGGUUGUGCAGGAAAAGGGCCCUUCAGAGCAAUGCCUGAGGAGCUCUACCAUCCACUGCAAUCUGAUCAUUGCAAUCCAACCUGCCAAUAGGACAGUGGCUUAGCCACAGGGGAGUAAAGGGAAGAAAGGGAAGAAAAGGAGAGCUGAAAGGGAAGGUGGAUAAAAAUGCAGGAAUAGCAAAUGGUGUUCUUUUAGAUUCAAGGAUCUUGGCUUUCUUCCUUUCCUCUGUCAUAGCUGGCCUGGUUCGCACACAACACUAAGUCAUGGUUUAUUAAAUUAUGGUUUAGCAUUACGUGUGAACCCUGCCCAGCAGUAUCUAUGGUUUGUUUACUGCCAACAAAUCACCAUAUGAAACUGUGGUUUAUUAUUGGCUUACAACACUUGGUUUGUUUUAACUAUGGCUUGGUGUUAUCUGUGACUCUAGUACCCUUCCAUAAACAUGGUGUGUUUCACCACCUCACUGCAGACACUCUCCAAAAGACACGAGGCUAGGGCAGCUGGAAAAAACCACAAAUGUUGGAGAAAUAAGCCAUGGUGUGUUUGCUCAUCUGUUAGGCAACUCAUGGUGAACUUGUGGUUUAUCUGUUGGGUAUUAAAAGUCUUUGCCUGUGACAGUCCCACACCAAAUCAUCCUCCACUUUAACCUAUGCUGCAGAACCACAGUGACAGCAAAGUGACCCUGUAUGAGGCAGAGAACUUCCAAGGACGCAAGUUUGAGCUCAGCGACGACUAUCCAUCCCUGCAGGCCAUGGGCUGGGGCAACAAGGAGGUGGCUUCUAUCAAGGUCAAUUCUGGAGCGUAAGUGAUGCCUUCUGAGUUGGAGUGAAGUUGGAAGGGCCACCCGCCCCUCAGGUUCUGUGAAAGGGAUCCUCCCAUAACCUCAUUCUUACUUUGCCAAGAACACCGAUAAGCACAGCUAGCUGGAUGAACCAUGAGCAAUCUUGGGAUUGCCAUAGCUGCCUCCCUUUUUAAAGAGAAACUAGCCCAGGCUCCCGGUCUCCUUCCCCAGUUGCAUCCUGACCCUUUUGAGACUGGUUGAUCAGUAACAGCUGCUGGAGGAGGAGUGGACCCCCCAAAGGAUAUGGGUUAAAAAGCAGUGGGAGGGGGGCUGAACUAUCCCUUUUUCGGUGUAGGAUAUACUUUUGGGGCUGGAAGUGCCUGUAUUGCCAAUGUUCUGCUUUAUCCCCUAGAUGGGUGGCAUAUCAAUACCCAGGGUACCGGGGCUACCAAUAUGUCCUGGAGCGGGACAGACAGAAUGGUGAAUACAAAAAGUACAGCGAAUACAGCACCCAGGCCCACACCAACCAGAUCCAGUCCAUCCGCCGUGUCCAGCACUGAGCUGUGUCUUAGCAGCAGCAGCAUCGGCCCUCCUGCACUCCACCAGCACCCCCACACCUGCCUCUGCGCCUAAGGGCCCGCCAAGCAGUAGACCUGCA